CUCUCCACAGGGCUUCCCCCAGGGGCUGCUCUCCAUUUCCACCUGUGCUCACAAGCUUCUGUUUUGUGUUAAAAUUCUUCCAACUGAGAUGGAACUUGUAAAAGUUCAUAAAUCUUAGUGCACAGCUUGGAGAAUUUUAUAUAUAUCUUUACCACCCAGAUCAAGACAUAAAGUAAGUGAUCUCCCCAGAAGGGUCUUUUGGGCCCUUCCCCAGUCAGUCAGCCACAUCCCUGGAGGCAGCCAGGAUCAUAACUUCUGUCACUGUAGAUGUGUUUGUCCUGUCCAUGGACAGGGAAGCACAGGAUGCCCUCUGGUGUCUUUUUUUCACUUAAUGUAGUGUUCAUGAAAUUUCUCUUUGUUGCAUUAUCCGUAGUUUAUUCUUUUUAAAGAUUGCUGUGUAAUCCUCCGUCGUCUGCAUACACCGCAGUUAAAGAAUUCCGUCCUGUUGGUGGACACUUGGGUUCUUUCCAGGUUUUGCUGUUAUGAGCAAAGCUGCUGUGCAUGUUCUUGUGCAGGUCCGACUGUGGACAUGUGUUCUCGUUUCUCCUGGAGUGGAGCUGCUGGGUCGCGGGCAGGCAUGUCUGUAGCUUCAGGAGAUAUUGGCAAACACUUCCAGAGUGGUUGAAACAAUUUGUGUUACCCUCAUCAAGGAACGCAAGUUUCAUUGGCUUCACAUCCUCAACCAUACAUGCUUCUGUCCGUCAGUUUCAUUUUCGCUAUGUUAGUGGUGAGUGAGGGGUUUCUUGGGUUUGUGUGCGUGUCUUGGUGAGUAAUGGCAUGGUAGAUGGUUGCCACAGUGACUUCUGCCAGCCCUCCAUGUACAUCUCUUUUCCAUGUGCCUUUGCUGCUCCUCCUAUCAAGAGGUGGAGCUUAUUUCUCUACACCUUGAAGAUGAGCUUGACCAGGGGACUUGCUCUGGCUGGUGGAACGUUGUCAAACAUGAUGGAAACAGAGGCUUGAAAAACCUCCUUGGGCACCGGCGUUGGCCCUCUUGUAGCUGUGGUUAGAUUCCUGAGAGCCGAGCCUGGAGAAGCCCGGGUGAGCCUCCUCCAGGACGCCAGACCUCGCUACCCACGCCAGACUGGGGGUGAGGCGGCCAUAGGCCAUCUGCCCCAGGCUAGCCACCAGGUGGCUGGACCACGUGAGCGGCCCCAGGUGAGACCACCGGCAGAACCGCGCGGCUGGGAGCGGCUCAGAUCCCGGCUCAGCAUCAUGAGGUGGUCACGCCAGCAGUGGGUAACUGACAGGUCAGGGUCGGAGACAGGAUGCUGCUGGGACAAGAACCCGAAAUGUGGCCUUGAUGUUGGAACUCGGCGGCAAGACAGCGGCUGAAAGGGGUGAGGAGACCUCAAGGUGGGAGGAGGUGCUACCGCAGGUUGGAGACAGGCUGUGUGGUCAUGUGGUCGGGGCGCCAUGGGCACAAGUGUCUGCGGCGACUCGGAGCAUGGAACGUGUCCUCUGUGCUCACUCAUCUGGAGGAGGGGGCUCCCUUCGCCGCCUCUGCCCCCGCCUUCCCCAUGGGCGCCUCUGGUGGUCCGUGAAGAGUCCUCUGCCGCGGCUCCCGGGUCGCCUCCCCUCCACCAGCCCAACGCGGCCUUCGGCACCCGGGUGAGCAUUUCAGCAGAAACCUCGCGCCCCGCAGGGCAGCCUGUGCUCCUGUGCGUCUCUUCCCAGGUUUCAGGCUCUCGGGUGCCUGUGACCUCGGCUUUCUGAUGGCUUCAAGAAAAUGACGUUUUUGUCAGUUAUUCAGCCUUUCCUGGAUGUGAGCCCUACCAGGUCUCUACGUCCAAGGCAGAAGCCAGAGACGGGGUUCUUUACUCCCUAAAUCACACUGCUUUUGGGAAUCGCUUAUUGGGUUUUAUCUUCUCUUUUCUGUAAGCUCCUGAGAUGAGAGACCACGCAGAGCCCCUUCCUUUAAGCCUAACUUAGAGCUAGGCAGAAAAUACGCUUUCAGCGCGCGUGUCCAGUUUAGACGCCUUCCUAUGGAGCAAGUGUCUCCGGGAGGAGGGCGCGGCCCCGCCUUCCUGCCUGGCACAUGCCCCAGGAGGAGCGCGCGGCCCCGCAUUCCUACCGGGCACGUGUCCCCAGGAGGAGCGUGCGGCCUCUGAGCCGCGAGGCUGCAGGUCCUGCGGGCGGGCCCUCCCAGCACGAGUCGAAGCCACGGCCUUGAAAUGCGUGCCGCCUUGCGGUCCACAGAGGGAGGAGCGCGCAGUGCGUGGCCCUCACGGGAACGUCGUCAGGGGCGGUUCCUGGGCGUCCACAUGCGUCUGAGGCUGUGCUCAGACUCGACAGGACAGAAGGAGUGUGUGAGGAUCAACGAUUCCCGGAGAGGGCUGACCCACCCGCCACACCUUCACAGGACACCCUUCCCGAGAAGGGGGAUUCUGGAACCUGGGCUGGAGACGGUGGGCACUCUGGAGGGGCAGGCGAGGGGAGCAGGGCUUCAGGGAACGCUGGAGGCCCCCUUUGCUCUAUUGUGUGGAUUCCUUUUUCUUUUUGCAGUGACUCUUCUGUCAGAAAAAGCCGCUGGUGGGCCACGUUGUUAGAUGAGAUGUUGCCGGCUGAGAGCAUCUUCCUUUGGUGAAGCGCCGGGCCCUGGCGCGGAUCCCCUGAAGCGGGCGGCAGAGGGCGGUGGAGGCAGGACUGCAGGCGGCAGACGUGCUCCUCAUGGACUUUCAUGCUCCGAUUGGGAGUCCUGCGUUUCCCACAAGGGAGGCCUGAGGAAGACCAUGCCCUUCCCUGGAAGAACGUGGGUUGCAGGCUCAGUCUGCUCCAGGCUUUGCUUCCUGCUCUCUCAGUGUCCUUUGGUCACAUGACCACUUCACAUUUAUAUUUUUUCCUCUCCACCUUUUGACUCCUCUUGUCCCGAUUUCCCAAACACCAGAUCCUGGAUGACCAUCUUCUCUGCCCAGCAACACUGGGCACCCAGCUAGGCUCUCUACCCAAGUUGUUUUGUGUUUCAUUUUCUGCUUUUCUUUGCAUCUGCUCUGGUUAUACUAAUUAAACAAGAGAGUGAUUUAGUAGAAGGAGCACAGGCUUUUCCAGUAGAGAGCCCAGAAGCUAAUUCUUGGCCCUGUCAGUUAAUAGUUUUGUGAUAGGAGACAAGUUUCUUCAUUGAUGUUCAAUUUAGAGAGUUGUAGGAACCCUUUGGUGAGCUAGUCAUGAAGCUUCCUUUCGGGGGCACAGUCCCAUCCCAUGCUUCCUUGUCAAUAGGAAGCCUGAGCCACCACCCAGUAGGCUGGCUGUACGUCCCCGGUGAGGCCAAGAGUGAAAGCAGAACUGGGGGUGUGUUAAUCACAGGAGAGGGAGAAAGCAUCUGUGCUGGCUGUUUCCUGUGUCAGUUACCGAGGGAGCCCGCACGUGAGAAUUCUCAUGUGCUUUGUUUGAACAGGAAAUAUUUUUUACUUAACAUCAAAGACAGAAAUUCUCCACAGCUGAGCUUGAUCGCCUCUGCACUGUGAGAAGUUAUUGACCAUUUCUCCCAGGACACACUUCAGCAGGAAACCCUCAGGGAACUUUGAGGAACAAGAUUCAUUACUCACAGGUCCUGGAGGAUGCACGGCACGCCCGAGGCUGCCCGGCCCAGUUUCCAGAGCUCUUCCUCUUCUGACAGUGGUCAUCCUCCCCUCCUUGUUCUCUGGUCCCCAGCCGGCAGCUGGCGCCCUCCAUUCCUGACUGCAGUCUGCAUCCUCAUGGUGUUCUGAGUCUGUUGCUGUUACCCCAGGUCCGUGUCUCCACCUGAGAGGUCCUGGCAAUCCCAUGGUGGUUGUAAAGAUGAGGACGAGUGCAGGUCCCAGUGGCAUCAAUGCCACAACUCCACUGUCUGCGUCAACAUUGUGGGCUCCUACACAUGCCACAGCUGCCAAGGGUGCGUGCCCAAACCUGAAUUCCUGAAUAAGCAAAUGACCACCGUGUGUGAAGAGAUGUCCUUCCCCACGUGGACUCCGCCCCCUGGAAUGAAGAACGAGUGUCUCCUGCUUCUUUGAAAAAGUCCAGGAUCUGGGCAGAGACUUAGAGCCAGCCUCGGCCCAGGACACCGUCCAGAGCAGUUACUCUGAAUGAACCAUUGCAGAAGUGGAAAAUGAGAAGUUAACUUGACUUUAAGGAAUGCUGGCAAAGCCUGAACUACUGCCAUCUAUGUGGACGCAGAGAAAUCUCCAUGUCGAUACAAAGAGAGGUCAAGUUGGCGGGUGUUUUUAGUAAAAUACUAGAUAAUUCUACAAGUUUAUUACCAUUUGAAUGUUUACAAGGCUAUGCACUUAUUUAACUUUCAUAAUUAAAAAGUUGUUUCUACGUUUAGCAGAACAAGUUAUGAUUUUGUGAUAGUUGAGGAUAUCUCUUUAAGGGGGGUUAGAACAUAUCUCUGGUGUUUGAGGUAUUGUAUUGUUUUUUAUUGAGGUCAUAAUAGUUUAUAACAUUGUGAAAUUUCAGUUGUACAUAUUAUUUGUCAGUCACCAUAUAAUGUGCCCCUUCACCCUUUGCGCCCACCCCCUUGCCCCUGGUAACCACUGAACUGUUCUCUUUGUCCAUGUGUUUAUCUUCCACAUAUGAGUGAAAUAAUAUGGUGUUUGCCUUUUCUGUCCAGCUUAUUUGGCUUAACAUAAUACCCUCAAGGUGCAUCCAUGUGCUUGCAAAUGGGACAAUUUUGUCCUUUUAUUAUGGCUGAGUAGUAUUGCAUUCUAUAUAUAUACCACAUCUUCCUUAUCUAGUCCAGUCGUGGGCGCUUGGGUUGCUUCCACAUCUUGGCUAUUGUGAAUAGUGCUGCAGUGAUCAUAGGGGUUCAUAAGUCUGUUUGAAUUGUUGAUUUCAAGUUCUUUGGGUAAAUGCCAAGUAAUGGGAUAACUGGGUCGUAGGGUACUUGUAUUUUUAAUUUUUUGAGAAAUUUCCAUGUUGUUUUCCAUAGUGGCUGCACCAGCUUGUAUUCCCACCAGCGGUGGAUAAGGGUUCCCUUUUCUCCACAACCUCUCCAACAUUUGUUAUUUUUUGUCUUGGUGAUUAUAGCCAUUCUAACAGGUGUAACAUGAUACCUAAGUGUAGUUUUGAUUUGCAUUUCUCCCAUGAAGGGGAAUGGAGGUACUAUGGACCAUCAGACUGCAGCAACUUCUGGGCAGAUGUGACUCAGCAUGUCCGUUGCAGGCAGCACAUCGGCCAACCACAUUUACUUUAAGGACUUGGGUCAUGAGAUUGUGGAGGUUGGAAAGUCCAAAACCUGCCGGCAGGCUGGAAACCCAGGGAAGACUCGAUGUUGCAUCUCAAGUCUGAAGCCAGUCUGGAAGCAGCAUUCCCUCUUCCUCAGAGGGGGAUUCUUGGUGCUGCUGCUGUUGUCAUUGGGACUUGCAGCCCAGAACCUUAGAGCCUCUGCCUCCGAAGCCUCUGCCCCUCCAGGCUGUGCUCCCUGGUGCCCUCGGAACUCCGUAUGUGUCAGUGCCACCACCUGUCGCUGCCGUCCAGGAUUCAGCUCCUGGUCUGGGGAGAUCAUCACCAGCCCCGCAGACAGUUGUGAUGACAUCAACGAAUGUGGACCACCCUUGGCGGUGUCCUGCGGAAAAUUCGCGGAUUGCCAGAAUGUGGAUGGGAGCCACUACUGCACAUGUAGCCCAGGAUAUGGGCUCGUUUCUGGGGCAACAACGUUCAGAAACGAGAGUGAGAACACGUGUCAAGACGUGGACGAAUGUCAGCAGAAACCCAGAAUCUGUAAAGGCCGCAGUGUCUGCAUCAACACCCUGGGCAGCUAUACCUGCACGUGCCCGCCCGGCUUGGAGCUCAACCCAAAGGACCCGAAUCUGUGCACAGAUGUGAACGAAUGUGCCUCGGGGCACAAUCCCUGCCACAGCUCCACCCACUGUCUCAACAUCGUGGGCGGCUACAAGUGCCACUGCUACCCUGGCUGGAAGCCGGUUCCUGGGUCCCCCGAAGGCCCAGACAGCACCAUCUGUGCAGAUGUCGACGAGUGCAGCUCCGGGCGGCACCCAUGUCACAGCUCCACCAUCUGCGUCAACACCGUGGGCUCAUAUAGGUGCCACUGCCACCCAGGGUGGACACCCCUGCCGGGGCUCCGGGACAACCAAAACACCACCGUGUGCGAAGAGGUGUCCUUCCCCAUCUGGACUCCGCCCCCAGGAAUCCAGAGCCAGCAUCUCUCCCACUUCUUUGAAAGAAUCCGGGAUCUGCGCAGACGCUUCCAGUCAGCCUCGGCCCAGGACACCUUCAAGGGUCUCAUACACGCGGUGGAUCAUCUGCUGGAGACCCCAGGGGACCUGGAGACCCUGCCCCGCUCAGAGCAGCACUGUGUGGCCGCUAACCUGCUCUUUGGCCUGGAGGAUGUCCUGAGAGGGCUGAGCCAGGCCCUGUCCAAUGGGUCGUUGACCUUCAAUUCACCUGCAGGCACAGAGCUGACCCUGGAGGUGCUGGAGCGGAACAGGAGUAUCUCCUUGAGUCAGAAUCGGGCAAAGAUGCUGCUGAACUGGGAGACGGUGCAGGGAUCUGCUGACUCAGGCCCUUCUGUGGUGGGCCUUGUCUCCACCCCAGGGAUGGGAAAGCUGCUGGCUGAGGCGCCCCUGGUCCAGGACCAUGAGAGGCAGGAAGUUGUAUGGGAGACACACAAGGACUUGCUGCAGGAAGUCACCCAUGUCCUGCUCUCAGAUGUCAUCACCGCCUUUUCGAGCAACAAUGACACUCAGAACCUCAGCUCCCCAGUCACCUUCAUCUUUAACCAUGUGAGUCCAGGGCCAAGGCAGAAGGUGCUCUGUGUCUUCUGGAACCGUGCUCAGGGUGGAUGUGGUCAUUGGGCCACCACAGGCUAGACUGUGGGCACUAGAGACACCAGCACCACCUGCCAGUGUACCCACCUCAGCAGCUUUGCCGUCCUCAUGGCCCACUACAACGUGCAGGAGGAGGAUCCCAUGCUGGCUGUGAUCACCCACAUGGGGCUGAGCCUCUCUCUGCUGUGCGUCCUCCUGGCGGCCCUCACCUUCCUGCUUUGCAGAGCCAUCCAGAACAUCAGCACCUCGCUCCACCUGCAGCUCUCGCUCUGCCUCUUCCUGGCCCACCUCCUCUUCCUCACGGCCAUCGACUGAACGGAGAUCCAGGUGCUGUGCGCCAUCAUCGUGGGUGCCUUACACUAUCUCUACCUGGCUUCCUUCACCUGGAUGCUGCUGGAGGGCCUGCACCUCUUCCUCACUGUGCGCAACCUGAUGGUGGUCAACUACUCCAGUGUGAGCAGGUUCAUGAAGAAGCUCAUGUCCCCUGUGGGCUACGGGGUCCCGGCCGUGAUCGUGGCCAUUUCUGCAGCAUCCAGGCCAGACCUUUAUGGAACAACCACCCGCUGCUGGCUCCGCUCGGAAAGUGGAUUUAGAUGGGGCUUCCUUGGACCAGUCUGUGCCAUCUUCUCUGUCAACGUUGUUUUCUUUCUGAUGACUCUCUGGAUGUUGAAAAGCAGACUCUCUUCCCUCAACAGUGAUGUGUCCACCCUGCAGGACACAAGGAUGCUGACUUUUAAAGCUAUAGCUCAGCUCUUCAUCUUGGGAUGCACAUGGUGUCUGGGAAUCCUGCAGGUGGGUUCAGCUGCCCGUGUCAUGGCCUACCUCUUCACCAUCAUCAACAGCCUGCAGGGCGUCUCCAUCUUCCUGGUGUACUGCCUCCUCAGCCAGCAGGUUCGGGAACAAUACGGGAAAUGGUUCAAAAGGGUCAGGAAACCCAAAGCUGAGUCUGAGACUUUCACGCUUUCAAGCAGGGCCGUGUCUGAUGACUCCAAACCCAUCACGGUAUGAUCAUGCGUUGCUCCCAGAAUACUUCACCAACUGAUCUGCUUGAGCAGCAUGUGCCUAUCACACUGGACAACCUGGGUGAACAGCAGGUCAUGCCCCAGGAUGGCUCACAGUUGCUUUACUCCUGGACUUGUUAACAACUAGCAAUGGUCUCAGUUUAAAAGUCUAUUUUAAAAAACAUUUUGCUGUUACUCCUUUGGGAACUGUGUUCAUCUUGACCUUUACACAUCAGUGCUCUUACUGAAGACCUGCUAUGUGCCAUUCAUGGUUAACUAGAUAAGCAAGAAUCAAUGAUCUGAAGUGAUGAUGCACGUUAUGCUCAGAGCCACAUUAUUCUAUCCUUCCUCUCUGCGCCCCUUCUAUGUCACAGUAACUCAGCUGCACUCACAAAAAGGGACAAAUGGAAGGAAAUGAUGCAUGUAUUUAUGAAUUAAACAGAAAUGUGUUACCUGGCA